AUGGCGUCGGCCUCAAUUUUUCCUUCGGCCUGGGAGAUUCCGGUGGAUUUCACGGUGAGGAAGGGCCUCCCAGGUCUGACCAAGGGGGAGAUGACUAUCCACGAUGCCUACGACAACCUCAGGUUCCAAGUUCACAGCCGGCUCUUCAAUUCCUCUCCCUGGCGGGUCAAGACCCUCCUCGACGCCUCCGGGAACACCUUGAUCACCUGCGUGAACCGCCAAGUAAGUCUUCCUCGUUUUUAUCCCCAGGACGUCGAGUUUCUGCAGAGAAAAACAAGAGACGAUCGAACAUUCUUCGUGGAAAUCACAUUAACAUGGCUCACUACCGCAUUUCUUGAAUACUCUAUCGACGGAAGAAUUUUGUUCGUUCCCCUAGUUUCUCUCAUAUCUUCGAUUUAUGGAUUCGGAGUCAAAAUUGAUGCGCCCCAUGCUUUAUCAGCGAAGGAAAUUAAAAUUCUCCAAUGCGGUCCAUUAAUGGGUGAUCAAAAAAAUUAUAUCUAGUUUUCUUACGUUUUCUCUAAUCUGCAUCUGGAACUUUCAAUCGACAUGAAGCACAUGAAACAUUGGGGAGAUCUCCAGGAAGAACAUCUCUUCGAGAUGCUAGAUCCUAUUCCAAGCAAGAUUUAUUGUUUCGCAAUUAUUUCUACUUCCCCUUGACGUCUGAUCAACCAGAGGCGUUGUCAUCUUUCAGGGAGGUUGGGAGGGUUUCAGAGGGAACAGUUUGGACUUCAAGGACGCUAUUUUCACAGCACAUAAGACGGUAACCUCUCCAUUCGACGCGGAAUUGAAGGUUUUCUUGAUGGAUGGAAGCUUGGCGCAGCGAAGAUUGGCUUUUAGGGUUAAAGGUAGCCCCUUUCAGAGGUCCUGCACCAUUUACAAGGAGAAUUCCGUCGUUGCACAGGUUAGUUUCAUGACCCAUUUCAAUAUUAUCAUGUGCUCCACGGUUACUGAAAUAAAAACCGGUAAUGCUCAUCAUCUACACGAUGUUCAUAAAUCACUUUAAUUGAUCAUUGCUAUGCGAAACAGUUCUUUGGUACGACGCUUUAUUUUAUCUUCUGUUGAUUGGUUGAGAAGUCCCACAUUGCAAUAAAUGGGUGACAUGAUUAGCAUGAUAUCAGAAUUGUUCGUUUUGGUCAUGGUUUGCUUAAAUUGGACCUUUGGCUUCAGUUUGUAAAUCUAACCUGGUGCUCGUGUUCUUGCAGGCAAAUCCUAACUUUAAGCUCGGAAAGGUAAUCUAUUCGAGGCACAAAUUUCGACUAACUGUGUACCCCCGAAUCGACCAUGCAUUGGUUGCCGCCAUCCUUGUGAUAUUCUUCGGUGGGCACUGA